CAUAUGAGUGGUUGGAGGAGCCGGCGACUUUUAUGUUUGAAAUCGUCGCUUGUUUGUUUGUGGACUCGCAUCAUCAGCAUGAUAGUAAUAAUUCACACAGGGAAAAAAACGAGUUGGCCGAUAACGCGUGGAUGUGAAAAAUAAUGCUUACGUGUAGGUAGAAAAGGCAGGGUCGGACGGCGCCGUGCGGACAGUGCGUGUCACAAACUCUCUUCCUUCUGUCGCCUGUCACCAAUCCUGUCACUUUUCUUCUUCCCUCGCUUCUAAAAAUACACACCCAAUCCGUGUGCGAGCCUGAUUUUCAAUUAAAACCGCGAUGCAGAACAACGGCCAGAAGGGCGAUUGUCAGGAUGCGCCAAUUAUCUUAUCGGCGGCCGAGGUCGACGACCGACAACUGCGAGACGGGGUCACGCAGGUCAAGAGUGUUUUCCAACAAAAAUUCAACGCUCUGCCAGAGUUUUACGUCCGAGUUCCUGGACGAGUUAAUUUGAUUGGGGAACAUAUCGACUAUUGCGGAUAUGCAGUUUGUCCGAUGGCUCUUCGGCAGCACAUCCUUCUGGCCGUCGGGACAACUGAAGAACCCAUUUUGAGUUUGACCAAUGCGGAUGAAAAGUACAAAGAUUUCCAUACGGAAAUUGAAACUCUGAAGAUAGAGGUGUUGGGAGCUCCUCAGUGGCACCAGUAUUUCAUGUGUGGGGUCAAGGGCGUUUUGGAGAACGUCCUGCCCCAGAAGUUAAAAGGCCUUCGAGUGGUUGUUUUCGGGAAUAUCCCUCCCAGUUCAGGAUUGUCCAGCUCCAGUGCUCUAGUCUGCUCUGCGGCCCUUUGCACUUCACACGCCUACAAUGUGAAUAUUAGUAAAAGGGAGUUGGCCACUUUGAGUGCCAAAUGUGAGAGGUACAUCGGGACCGAAGGUGGUGGAAUGGACCAAGCCAUUGCAUUUCUUGGGGAAAAAGGUUGUGCGAAACUAAUUGAAUUCAACCCUUUGAGGGACACCAGUAUGAAACUACCUCCGAACGCAGUGUUUGUGAUUUCACAUUCGCUGGCCGAAAUGAACAAGGCUGCUACUGCCGACUUCAACUGCCGCGUCAUCGAGUGCAGACUGGCUUGCCAGAUAAUUGCAAAGUUAAGUGGUCUGAAUUGGGAGAAACUGACCAAACUGGCCGACUUACAAAAAGAACUUGCUGCUCCACUUGAAGAAAUGGUCAACAAAGUACAACAGCUUCUCCAUCAGGAACCCUACUCUAAGGAAGAGAUUUGCCAAAUUUUGGAAACUUCUGAGGAAGCCCUGAAUAAAUUAACCCUGAGUGAAAAUACCAAGAACCUGCAGCAGUUCAAACUUAACCAAAGAGCGCUUCACGUAUACCAAGAGGCCCUGAGAGUGCAAGAAUUCUUCAACUGUGGACAAAAAGGAGCCAGUCUGGAAACCCUGGGUGCCCUGAUGAAUGCCAGUCACGCGUCCUUGAAGGACCUCUACCAGUGCAGCCACCCUGAUCUGGACAAACUGGUGACCAUUGGCGAAAAAUUUCGAUUUGGCGCUCGACUCACAGGAGCAGGAUGGGGUGGUUGUUCGGUGGCUUUGACCUCACCGGAAAACGCCUCCGACUUUGUGGUUGCCCUGAAAGAGGAGUUUUACUCGGGUCACCCUGCAGCGAUUGGAAAAAACAUUGACCGGCUGGUGUUUGUCACCGAACCUCAGGAGGGCGCAUUCCUCAUUGUGGAGUGAAAUUGAGGCGGCUACCUAAAAUUUAAUAGUCAAGAGUGUUAAUCAAAUUAUUACAGAAAUAAAGUGAGUGAAUUUUAUACAAAA